CAAAUUGUUAGCAGACCUAGAGGGCUAGUACGUGCAGCGCCGAACAGAGAUGACGCCGAGAUGUGUUACAUUCGUGGUGUCUUUAAGACCACGGGUGGAGCUACGUCAGAGGGCCAGUACUUAUAAAAGCUCUCGGAAACUUCACAGACAGAAAGAAUGGAGCUGAAAUAAAUGCCUUUAAACGGACUAUAACGCGAAGACCGUCGGCAGCUUUCCAAGAAUAUCUGCCAGGACAACAUUUCUACCAACGAUUCGUAAGGAAAAGGCUUCCCAUUUCCAGAUGUUUUCGAACUGGUUGCCCAGAGUCUGUCUGUGGUGAUUAGGAGAAAGUGGUGGACGGUGUUUCGGCUGGCUGCCUCGCCACUCGUAUGAUGGUGGAUUUGAAGAAUACUGUCUUCUUUUUGUUGCGAGUUUGAGACACCACUGAUACAUGGAGGUGUGUUGGAGCAUGGCCACAGCCAAACCAUUCUGGGAUCCCCAUGAAACAAACGAUUUGUACUUUUGCCUUGAUGCCGAAACCAUGGAGCAGAAUUUCAGAGCGCAGUACAGAGACUCCUCUAUGGGAUUUGAGGAAGCCUCCAUGUUAGGCCACGCCGAGGGUGACCAGGUGGUCCCCUCCUUCAAGAGACUCUCAGUAUACGAGCAACAACAACACCACCACCACAUUCCCCCGCACGGUCACGGUCACCGCUCCUCCAAGCGAGCCCCCAAGCCUCUGCCCCCUCUCCCGGACCCCUCGGACCUCUCCUCGGAUGAGGCGGUCGACAGCGAGGUGGAGUUCUUCACCACCAGCAUGGAGGACGAUCGGCAGCGGCUGAUACCCGAGCACCACAGCGGAAACAGCAGCUCCAAAGCAGCCCUGUCCUUCCGCUACGGUGUGCCCGGUCGGCGCAGCUUCCGGGGCUGCGGCCAGACCAACUACGCCUACUUCGAAGGGGGUGCCGCCGCCGCCAAGGGAUCUUGCCUCAGUGCCCAGGGACAAGAGAAACUGUACGGGCACGGACAUGGGCACGGGCACGGGCAUGCUCACGCUCAUGGGCACGGGCACAAGCGGGAGCAGAGGGAGCCGCCAAUGCUGGUGCCCAGAGAGUGUGCCAGCCGCCAGCCGGACCGACCGCAGCGCCGGUUACGCCGCACGCACUCGGGUCCCGCGGGCUCCUUCAAAACGGCCGGCCUGCGCCUGUUUGGUCACGGCGCCUCGUCCUCUUCAGCAGCAGCAUCAGCAGCUGCCAAUAACAAUGCCAACAACAGCAGCAGCAACAGCAGUGGGGCCACGAAGCAGGACAAGCCCGAGGUGCCCCCGCGCGUCCCCAUCCCCCCCCUCCCCGCCAAAAGCGCCGAGCUGCGGCAGCGCUGGUCCACGAUGGUCCCCUCGCCGCCCCCCCACGACGAUGACGGUGCCGACACCGACGGGGGGGACAAACCCCCUGAGAUCCCCCCGCGGGAGCCCAUCCCCCAGUGCCACGUCCCCCGGCCCUACAGCCCCAAGAGCCUGCCCAUCUACGUCAACGGGGUGAUGCCGCCCACGCAGAGCUUCGCCCCCAACCCCAAGUACGUGAGCAAGGCUCCCCAGCAGCACAGGACUGCAUUGCACGAGCCACACUGCACCAGCCCUACUGCCUCGGGUCCGGCUCCGGGUGCGGGCUCAGGCCCAGGUGCGGGUCACAACCCCUGCAUCCUGCCCAUCAUGGAAGAUGGCAAGAAGGCCAGCGCCACCCACUAUUUCCUGCUGCCCCACCGGCCCGCUUACCUGGACCGCUACGCCCGCUUCUUCAGGGAGAGGGACUGCGAGACGGACGAGGGCGCGUGUAGUUGAGAACUGAGAGAUUAUUUUGGAGACUGGACUCAGUAUUAGAUUGUAGGACUGGAGCUCAGCACACACACAAUAGCGCACACCGAGAAUGCACACACGUGCACGCACGCAGACACACACACACACACACACACACACACACACACACACACACACACACACACACACACACACACACACACACACACACACACACACAAACGCACACACACACACACACACACACCUUAUCCGUCCACUUGAUGUUCGUAGAAAAAUGACAGGGAGCUCUUGAGAAACAUUACUAUUAUUGUACCAACUCUUUUUCAGCUCCGUACAGACCUGUACUACUUAAGUUUAUUUACUGAACAAAACUGACAUCACUUUUGCUGGAAUUUAUUUGGCCUAUACUUUUUUUUCAACCCCUUUUUUGAAGUAUCAUCGGCCAGUGUCACAUCUUCAUUUUUUUAACCUUACCCUUACUGCAAUAUCAUGAUAAGUAUUAGAUUUAUGCUUCACGUUGUAUUCAGUUUUUUUGUAUUGUACUGUUUUAAGAUGUCAGUUAAGUGUUUACUAGGUGCGUGCAUGUGUGUGUGUGAAAAAACUGGUAUGAGCUGGUCUUUUACCAAAACGUUGUCACUGUUGUCCACCAGACUGCUACACAAAACAAGUAUUUAAGUAUGGUGCUUUGUUUGUCAGUAGUACACAGUAUUUUGUGUAAGUUGCGUAAUGCAGUUGUACAAAAACCUCUGUGCCUGCCUACCGCUUUUCAUGGUGGGAUUAUCAAGGUAAACACCGUGAGCCAUGACGAAGGUGUUCAUCUGUUGUAUAGUACAUUAGUAGCAGGGCGAUAAAUUAACUUUUGUCAUCACUAGUCAAAUUUGGCUGCUAGAUAUUAAUCAUAGUAGCCAAACAUACACUCACUCUGUCAGUCAAGUCAAGUGGCUGGUAAGUUUUCUUUAUUACGAGCCAAACUGAGUGUUCAUCAGCAUUUGGCUGGUUGGUUGGCACUGGCAGGUGUUAAUUUAGAGCCCUGAUUAUUAUUAUUACUUAUCACUACUGAUCCUGAAAUAUGCACUUGGAAGUGGAUAUGCUUAUAUGCGUCUGUGUUUUAGGUAGAGUGUUACUUUUUUAAGUUGUCCAUUGUCAAAAUGUAUGCUCCCCAUUCAAAAAUGUGAUAUUGAAUUAAAUUAAAUUAUGAUCUAAUUAUAAUUAAUAAAUUAAAUUAAUUCAUUAAUUAUAAUUAAUUUAAUGAAAUUUACUGAUCUGACUUAAGUACAGUAAGUUUUACAGCCAAACGUACAUUACUGGAGAAGACACACCUUUUCAUGUAUGAAAAGUCACAUUUUCUCGGUCAUAAUGAAUACUUAGAAAUUGAUGGUGGUAAAUAUUCAUGAAAAACACAACAUUUGUGAAAGGGCAGCAAAACAGUAACAUACUCUAUCUUUAAGGUACAUAAUUGUUUUGUUUUCUUUUGCAUAUUUAUAAUGUCAGGCAAAUGUCAAGUGCACACAAAGUUGCUUUUGCAAGUCAUGCAAGUUGCAUAAUUUGUUGUUUGUCUGGAUGUCCUUUUCUAUGUACUGCAGGUUAAUGGUUGACUGCUACAAACAUUCUGUUUUGUAAAUGCGUGUGUGAAGUAUAAUGUAUGUCUUAGUGCACGAAUGCGUGGGAGUGGGGCAGGGCUUGGAGUAGUGGACUGACGAAUAAUCUGAGUUAGUUCCAAUAGUGACUGCAUUAUACUUAACUACCUUAAAAUCUGUGCUGCCGAAAGCUGUUUGUGGAAAGAAACGACCAUUUUGCCUUCUUAAUGUGACUCAUGAACUUUCAUGUUCCUUGAUGUGUCUGCAUUGGGCGUUUCAGGGCCCAACUGAAGAAGACUUACUAGUUGUAUAGUAUUUUUCUCCCCAUAUCUGGUUAGAUUUUUAUCAACUUUCUACAAAAAUAAGAUAAUAUAUUCUAGACAUUUGCUAUUCCUAUUUUGUUUUAUUUUAUUUUUGAGGUUUCAGCUGUUUACAUCAGUCCUAAUAAUAUUUGUGUCUGUCCACACAGUGAAGUCUUCUUACAUCUUAAAUGAAGGAGUGUGUGUUUGUAAGAGCGUUUCAUGUCUGCACAUACAUGUACUAUUACCCCUUCUGUUCGGGGAAUGUUGUAAAACAUUAUUAUCCAUGAUCUA